AUGCCUGAUAAUGCUAUCCUAUUUGAUCAUUUGGCUACCCAAAUUCAACAAACUGUAACGCCUAUGUUUGCUCGCUUAAAUUCAAGAGAUUGUAUAACUGUAGAAAAACUAGUCAAGAGCUUUAUGGGGCAAAUGAAAGAGAACAUGAAUGAUCAGGUAUCCGGAACGGAAGUGGAAAUAACCAAUACAACAAGUUAUAGCAUGUUUGAAUUACCGGAUUGGUACGAUAGCGUAAUAGAAGCUUUGCAUAGGAAAAAACAGAAAAGCAUUUCCGAAAUUUAUGUCAAAUUUUUAAAUAUGGUAUUUUUAUUUUAUUACGUAACGCUAUCCUCAUUAGCUGAAAUUGAAAAACCUGCCAUAAUUAUUAUAUUUGAAGACUUUGAAUCGUUCUCGCCUGCGGUCGUUUUGGAUUUUGUUAAAAUUUCCAGUUAUUAUACAUGUAAACUUCCUUUGGCCUUUGUAUUUGGUAUUGCAACAACGGUAUCUGCUGUGCAUAAAUCUCUGACUUAUUCUGGAACAUCGCUUGUUGAAAUUAAAUUAUUCAAGUCCUAUCCAACAAAAGUUUACUUGGAGAAUGUGUUAUCAAAGGUUCUAUUAACGCCUAAUCAUCGCUUUAAACUUGGAUUUAGACCAUUAAGUCUACUAGUCGACAACUUUUUCUGCCAUGAUUUCUCGGUUUCUGGUUUCAUGAGUGGAUUAAAGUACGCCAUGAUGGACCAUUACUAUUCGAACGAAUUAAGUAUACUAUCUAUGCCAAGUCAGCCAAACCAAGCCAUUGUUAUAACUCUUAAACAGCAGAUUAAAGCAUUAUCUCAUGAACAGCUGGAAUUAGUUAGAAUGUUGCCAUCAUUUCGAAAGUAUGUUGACGGAUUACCACCUAAGGAACAGAAAAAACUCAUACUGGAAGAUAAACUGUUAAAGGACAAAAUUAUGGAGCUUUUAAUCGGCCUUGAACAAUAUCAUCAGUUAUUUUUCCCGAUGCUUCAAUGUUUGGAUAAUGUCACGCGUAUUCUGCCCAAGAAUCCUUUGGGGAAACUGACAAUCGAAGUUUAUCUGCGUUGCAUACAAUCCAACAUUACUGAAGAACAGGAUUUUAAGGAUUCCAUGAAAUUGUUAGGAUCUACAUGUAGUGAAGAGCUAAUAUCAUUUCUCACAUCAUGUAUCCAGGCCAUCGAAGAAUACGCUGUUAAUAGUAAGAAUAAUUUUGCUCUAUUUGAAUAUGACAAAUACGAAUUUUUAUUAGACGGAUCAGCAGGAGAUGAAGAAUUCGCGGAUAAUGACGAUGAUAACGAAACUGAUCAAAAUCAGAAAAUAGAUCGUUUCAAGUUGCAAGAACGUCUUAGGCAGCUAUCAAAACGUAAGAAAAGACCAACACGCUUUGAGAAUUGCCGUAGCGAAAUUGUAGAAAAACUAACAGAACUAUUUAAGAAAUAUGCAAAGUGUCCAUCUGAAGUGCCAUUAUACGAAGUUUGUUACUAUGAAUCAGUAUCGGUGCUGAAGCAGCAUGUGACUGCAUCGCCGCGUAUGUCAAUCCAGAAAGCAUUAACAGAUUUUUCGUCUUACCUUAAGAAUGAGACAAAAGAUUACGAGCAAACUCCCGAUAUCUGUGUUGCGUAUCAGACAUUAGAAGACAAGAAAAAACUUGUUAAUUUAGAGGAUUGGAUGCAGGAAUUUAUUCAUGAAGCAAAAUUUGUUGAUAGUAAGACAUUGUGCAAUGGUAAUACAAAACUGAAUCGUAAAGAUAAGCGUACAAACAAACAACAAUAUCAAGAGCAAAACCAAGAAUACGAACAAGAGUUACAGAUGAGAUUCAUGAGAGCCGUAUCGGAGCUUCAAUUUUUAGGAUUUAUUAAGUAUUCUAAAAGGAAGAGUAACUAUAUAUCUCGAUUGACUUGGAUUGGCUAG